AUUGCCAUGUUUGAUUUUGAUUGCAAGCAAAGCAAUAGCGUUCUUUUUAAUUUUUAUCCACUUACGCUUUCAAUCUUUUUAUUUUAAUUAUAAGGUAGCCUAUUACUCCUCAUUUUAUAAAAUUAGGCAUUAAACUCCCUAAAUCAAAAUGAAGAGAAGUUAUGAUUCUAUGAACUCUUCGAUUGAAAUAAGCUCCUACCGAGAUCAACAUUUUAAGGGUUCCCGAAGUGAACAGGAAAAGUUAUUAAAAGGCUCAUCUACGCUAUAUAUAGGAAAUUUAUCAUUCUAUACAACAGAAGAACAGAUUUAUGAAUUGUUCUCGCGCUGUGGAGAUAUUAGACGAGUGAUAAUGGGCCUAGAUAAAUAUAAGAAGACGCCUUGUGGCUUCUGUUUUGUUGAAUAUUAUUGUAGACCAGAUGCUGAAAACUGUAUGAGAUAUAUAAAUGGUACUAGAUUAGAUGACAGGAUUAUUAGAUGUGAUUGGGAUGCAGGAUUUAUUGAAGGGAGACAAUAUGGGAGAGGCAAAACUGGUGGACAGGUCCGUGAUGAAUAUCGUUCAGAUUACGACGGAGGCCGUGGUGGUUAUGGAAAAAUUAUUGCACAGAAGAUUGUUCCAAACACAUUAGAACGCUGAUCACAGUAGGCCAACAUUAACAUCUUAUGAUGAAAUCAGGAUUCUUUCGUGAACGACAAAGAUAAUUCAUUGAAAAACAAACAUCAAUGAAAUUUAAAAACAAUAAGAACUAUCUUGUAAUGUAUCAAUAGUUUUAAGUAAAUUAAUUACGACUAA